CAUGAGUAUGAAAGUUCCUACCAUAGUGGAAGAAGCCCAGCAAGCAUUGCAGGCAGGAUAUUGUGUGGUCAUUGGUCUCCAGUCCACUGGAGAGGUUUGUUUUCUCUUUCUCUCCAAUUUUUUUUCGUAUCCACUCUAAACGGGCUACAGUUUCUGAUAACAUAAAAAUUUCUUUAUUUCAAGGUCAGCUAGUGUUUAAAAAGUAAUGUUUGAGACACUGAGAACUUCUUGCAAAGUUAGUAGAAAGUACGUACCAAAUAAUUGUUUUCCCCUCACAUUGUAUAGAGAGUUUCACGUAACAUUGUAGGUUCUAUUAGUGGAUGCACUUAAUGCAAAGCUAUCGCUACAAGGAUUUUACGAUCCUUAAGGACGUAUGUACGGUCUACUCAGUAUUUAUGUCUGCCAAACCACAAAAAUGGUUGGAUUCUAUCGAGAACGCUUAAUUCGUCUAUAAAGAAGACCUGCAAAUUGCUGGAUUUGGCCGCUGGAUCAAUGAUGGCCAUCGUAUUUUCCCUGCAAUAAUGUUAUUUCGUUGGUCCAGCAAUUCACCUGUCAAGGCGGAUUUUGUUCGUCUGGAAGGUGAUAGGCUACAGCAAGACUAUCAAUUUUGUCCAGAAGGCAUGAUCGACCACAGGUCACUAGAUUUCGUUUUUGAUAAUUUUUCUCAGGUAUUAUUCAAUGACCGACGGCUAUUUACUUACUACUUAUUAACCGAGAGUGAAGUCGUUACAGGGAAGUCUCAGACCAAGGCCUUGAUUUAUUGACUGAGCGAUAGCACAACAGAACCAUUUUUAAACUACUUCUUUUAAACUUAAAUAUAUGUCCCUUCGAAUUCAACUCCAGAAAAAUUCACCAACAUUUGACAAAUUCAACGACAUGGAAUAACAGCGAGGAAUUUUGAAACGGCAUGAAUUCACUUUUUAGGAGACGUUUUCGUUACUGUCGUUGUCGUCGUUGCUUAAUGAUCAUGAGAAAGUAGUUGCUUGAAUAGAGUUUGGCUUAAGUCAUUGUUUUAUUUGUCAGGCAAGUUUGGAAAGUGAAAUAUCACGUUGUGGUGGAGUACUGAAUGGCUUUGUCUCAAGUACAGAAGAAAUCAUUAGCAGGUUUAUCACGCAGUAUUUUCCAACUCAGAUAAUCAAAUCGGUGAGUAAUUCUUAACAACCCUUCUUAGCUGGUGAGAUUUAACUCACGCGAGUUCUUAAUUUCACGAGCGCUUUUGUUCUGGCGUUGGAGAUCAGAGAUGAUUGAGGAAGUCAAGUUGACACCUCUCUUUCAGGUCCGUUCACUAAGAUUUUAAGUUGCCGGGUAUAAUUUUUAUGCAAAGUUUCGACGGAGAUUUUUACAGCUGGGAAGUUCUUUAUCUUCAUUUUUUCUUCUAUUUCCUAUGUAAGUAGCCGGGGGCCUUACUCAAAGUUCCCAGGGGAAAUUCCCGGUCCCGGACCCUCAAUUACAGCCCUGCUCUUUCCCCUUGCGACUUCAGCGCCGCUGAAAAGCACUCCUGCGCUCUGAUUCCACCAGCUUUGCAGGCUAAUCUCAAGGAUGGUACAUCACACAAGGAAUGGAUAAUUUUGAAAAUCCACUCUAUACUCAACAUUACUUAAUACACUUUCUGUAACCUGCAAAGCAGGCGUAUUUUGUAGCGUGACUGUUCUCCCGCCAUCUGGGAUAUUGAAACUGACAGAGAGUUCAGUCACCUGUUCAGUUGGCGUCUGUGAAAAAAUGAUUCAAGAUGACGGACGCGAUCAAUAAACAUUUGUACGUCGAGGCUUUAGUUUAAAAAAUGUUUGCUCUGCAGGCCACACUUUCUGCCUUCCACAUUUCAAGAUUUGAUGGUACUUCUCCUGUUAUUAGGGAGUUUAAGAUACGGAGACUACGGACUACGAACUACGGCUGGACGAGCGUUGUCCUUCGUUUGUAGCACUGGGUUGAGUCGUGCAAAUACAGAACGUUAAGAUUGCACUACAGACAGUAGACUACGAGAGAAGAGGCGGAGUGGGAAACAACACGCAAAGAUUUUCUUGUUUUCAUCACAGUUCACAAAAAUGCAAGUCACUUUUGCAUGUGAUCUUAUCUUUAGAACAAUGAACAAAUUCUNUAGACAGAAAUAGUAAUAGCACAUUUAUUAGAUUUAGAAGGUGGAUUUCUCCGACUACUGAUUUGAUUUAGUUUGAAGUAUUGAAAUGCCGAGUUUCGAUUGUCUAGAAGAUGUUUACAUCAUUUUCAUUCAGCAAAUGCGAUACAAAAACUCGCAUAAACAAAGGUUACACAAGUAGAAAGACACACUAAUCAGUUCGAACAAACAUUGAAACUUUUCAAGUGCGAAGAGAAAGUAAAUUACCUGCAUGAUUUCUCUUCUCCUCGGCCGUCAAUCUGAAGCUUAUUUAAAUAUGAGCUUAGCUAGAUAAAAAUGUAGUCACAACAGUGGAUUAAAAGCGUAAAUCUGAGCAGAAAUUAGACACAACUUACAUAUUUUGCUUCCCUCUCACUUAAAGCAGGUGAAUUGAAAACUUUUUUACGAAAAGACGAGGUUCUUGAAUUACCGAGACGGCAAAGUACGAGCAAAAUGUCCUCCGUAGUCCCGACUACGCGAAACAGCUCAACAACUUACCGUAGCCGCAGGGCUACGCGGGAAAAAUGAACAGUCACGUGGUUUUUAUCAUGCGCAGUAGCAUGUUUAUCCGUAGCCGUAGUCCGUAGUCGCCGUAUCUUAAACUCCCUAUUGUUCAUAAGCCACGGAAGUCCAGUCCAACAGUCUUGUUUACACACUUUCCCGGCCUUAUUUUUGUUUCGGAUAAUGUGAAGUUAAGGAAAUUUUUUUAAAAAAGAGAGAAAUCAAGGCUAUUACGUUCUUUGUGUAGAAUGGCGAUGUUGUUGAAGAUCAGUGGAGUGUUCAGGCUAAAAAUCUUCUACAAGGUUUUGUCAAGAAAAUUAAUCUCCCAAUCAGGUUUGUAUCAAUGUUAUAUUCUUUAAAACCCUUUUAA